GACCCAUCCCGCCAUCGACCUUCCCUGGGCUCAACUCGUCCUGCCUACCGGCAGCUCGGCUGUCCCAUCGCGCCGACGCGCUCCCUUUGUCCCGUGGUCCCUAGCGCGCCGCACUGUCUGGAGGAGCGGAGCGGAGCAGAAAUGGCACUGCACGUCCCUAAGGCCCCGGGCUUCGCCCAGAUGCUCAAGGAGGGAGCGAAGCAUUAUUCAGGACUAGAGGAAGCUGUCUAUAGGAACAUCCAGGCAUGCAAAGAACUUGCGCAAACCACCCGCACAGCUUAUGGACCAAAUGGAAUGAACAAAAUGGUUAUCAAUCACCUGGAGAAGCUUUUUGUUACAAAUGAUGCUGCUACUAUCUUGAGAGAACUGGAGGUCCAGCACCCUGCUGCAAAAAUGCUCGUGAUGGCUUCCCACAUGCAAGAGCAAGAAGUUGGAGAUGGAACGAACUUUGUUCUUGUUUUUGCUGGAGUUCUCCUGGAGUUAGCAGAAGACCUCCUGAGAAUGGGGUUAUCGGUCACAGAGGUAAUUGAAGGAUAUGAAAAGGCUUGCAAGAAAGCUCUAGAAAUUCUUCCAGACUUGGUGUGCUGUUCUGCAAAGAACCUUCGAGAUGUUGAAGAAGUGGCAUCUUUGUUGCACACUUCAGUCAUGAGCAAACAAUACGGCAAUGAACGUUUCUUGGCAAAGCUUAUUGCUCAGGCCUGUGUUUCAAUUCUUCCUGAUUCUGGUCAUUUCAACGUUGAUAAUAUCAGAGUGUGCAAAAUUGUGGGUGCUGGUAUCUCUGCUUCCUCAGUACUGCAUGGCAUGGUUUUUAAAAAAGAAACUGAAGGAGAUGUUACUUCUGUCAAAGAUGCAAAAAUAGCUGUGUAUUCCUGCCCUUUUGAUGGUAUGAUAACUGAAACUAAGGGCACUGUACUUAUAAAAAAUGCUGAAGAACUGAUGAAUUUCAGUAAGGGAGAAGAAAAUCUAAUGGAUUUGCAAGUCAAAGCUAUUGCUGACAGUGGUGCAAAUGUAGUAGUAACAGGUGGCAAAGUGGCAGACAUGGCACUUCAUUAUGCCAACAAAUACAAUCUUAUGUUGGUACGGUUGAAUUCAAAGUGGGAUCUGAGAAGACUCUGCAAAACUGUUGGUGCAACAGCCCUACCCAGACUGACACCCCCUACUCUAGAAGAAAUGGGUCACUGUGACAGUGUGUAUUUAUCAGAAGUUGGAGAUACGCAAGUUGUGGUGUUUAAGCAUGAAAAGGAGGAUGGUGCCAUUUCCACUAUACUCAUCCGUGGGUCUACAGACAAUCUGAUGGAUGAUGUGGAAAGAGCAGUGGAUGAUGGUGUAAAUACUUUCAAAGUACUCACCAGAGAUAAACGUCUUGUUCCUGGAGGUGGUGCAACAGAGAUUGAAUUAGCCAAGCAGAUCACAUCUUAUGGAGAGACUUGUCCUGGGCUUGACCAGUAUGCCAUCAAGAAGUUUGCUGAGGCAUUUGAAGCCAUUCCUCGAGCAUUGGCAGAAAACUCUGGAGUAAAGGCUAAUGAGGUCAUCUCCAAACUUUAUGCUGUGCAUCAGGAGGGGAACAAAAAUGUUGGCUUUGAUAUUGAGGCCGAAGCUGCAGCUGUGAAAGAUAUGUUGGAAGCUGGUGUAUUGGACACAUACCUUGGAAAAUCCUGGGGUAUCAAGCUAGCUACAAAUGCAGCAGUCACUGUCCUAAGGGUAGAUCAGAUCAUUAUGGCAAAACCAGCUGGUGGCCCUAAACCUCCAUCGGGAAAGAAAGACUGGGAUGAAGACCAAAAUGAUUGAGCAAUGUAACUGUAUUUCUUAAGUGUCAUCAUGAUUUGAGUUUUUUAAUAUUCCAGUUCAACCUGUUAGGAUCUUUUGUUCUAUUGCCAUUAAGUUAUGAACUGUGUCCAAUGGAGUGCAGAACUUGAAACACUUCAAUAAACGUACUGACUAGUAAAA